CUGCCGCCGUUGUUUCAUUGAGAGAAGCUCAACAUGGCCUCAGACGGACCACCGGGAACCGAAUCCCUCCCGUCUGAUUUAGGGAGUGCUAUUGCGGCUUUGAAUACAUGGAGCAACCCGGAGCUUCAGGCCAAGCUGGCGGAGCUAGGAGCGCCCACAAUGGGUCCCAGAGACGAGCUGAUUGACAGACUGAAGGGCUACAUGAUGCAGACUGGGAUUCUCCUCAGCAAACCUAAUGAUGACAAACAAAUGGGCUCCCAGAUGCCGGGUAUCCCUCCUAUGCCCCCGAUGCCUAUGCCACCCAUGCCUCCUGGUAUGGGCAUGCUCCAGGCUAUGAGCAUGAUGCCUGGAGGGCCCCCUCCACCUGGCAUACACAUGGGAAUAGAGCCCCCAGGUUUGCCCCCUCCCGGCCUGUCACAGGAUGAUCAGCUGAAGAUGGCUCAGCAGAGAGCAGCCAUGGUGUUACAGCAGGAGGAGAGAGCCAAGCAGCAGGGUGAAUCCAGAGUUAUGGAUGAACAGGAUCUCCUGGAGCAACAGAAAAGGGCUGCAGUGCUGCUGGAACAAGAGCGUCAGCAGGAGAUGGCCAAGAUGCAGGGUCCGGGGCCCAGGGCCAUGCCUCCCGUCAGCGCAGUGAGAAUAGGUUUGGAUCCUCGUGGGCCGCUGCCUCCCGGUGUGAGUAUGAUGCCGACCCAGAAGCAAAGAGUGCCGCCUCCUCCAGGAGAGGACAACAGAGAGGCCUGGCAGAGUGAGGAAGUGAGUAUCAGUGGACCUAAGAUCCCCCAGGCUCUGGAGAAAAUCCUCCAGCUGAAGGAGAUAAGACAGGAACAGCUCACCGACCCCGCAGAAGGGGAGGAUGAUGAUGAUGAGGGAGCAGACAUGGACAUGGCAAACUCCUCUGGUCCAGUCAUGUCUGAGACAGAAGACGACGAAAGCCAAAUGUCUAAGAAAGAUAAAAACCGCAAGCGCAGGAACCGCAAGAAGAAGAGCAAGAAGAAGCGAGCUCAGGAGAAGAAGGAGCAGGCGGAGCAGGAGCAGCAGCAGAAGAAGGAGGGUGGCGACAAAGAGAAGGAGAAGGAGAAAGAGAAAGAGAAGGAGAAGGAGAAGGAGAAAGAGCCAGAGGUAGAGAUCGAAUACAUCACAGAGGAGCCGGAGAUUUACGACCCCAACUACAUCUUCUUCAAGAGGAUCUUCGAGGCGUUCAAGCUGACAGACGAUGUUAAGAAGGAAAAGGAGAAGGAGCCAGAGAAGGCAGAGAAGCAGGACACAGCCGUGCUGCGGAAAAAGGGAUUCGAGGAGGAGAAGAAAGACAGCGACGAUAGUGAUGAGGAAAUCAGACCAGAUGCACCUAAACUGUCCAAGAAGAAGUUGAGGAGGAUGAACAGGCUGACUGUGGCUGAACUCAAGCAGCUGGUGGCCCGUCCAGAUGUUGUGGAGAUGCAUGAUGUGACAGCUCAGGAGCCCAAGCUGCUGGUCCACCUAAAAGCCACCAGGAACACAGUGCCGGUGCCCCGCCACUGGUGCUUCAAAAGGAAGUAUCUGCAGGGCAAGAGAGGUAUAGAGAAACCUCCAUUUGAGCUCCCAGAGUUCAUCAAGAGAACAGGAAUCCAGGAGAUGAGGGAGGCCCUGCAGGAGAAGGAGGACGCCAAAACCAUGAAAACCAAAAUGAGAGAGAAGGUUCGUCCCAAGAUGGGAAAGAUCGACAUCGACUACCAGAAGCUCCAUGACGCUUUCUUCAAAUGGCAGAUCAAACCUAAGCUCACGAUCCACGGAGACCUGUACUAUGAGGGUAAAGAGUUUGAGACUCGACUGAAAGAGAAGAAGCCAGGUGAUCUGUCUGAUGAGCUGCGUAUCGCUCUGGGCAUGCCGGUCGGACCUAACGCCCACAAGGUGCCUCCUCCCUGGUUGAUAGCCAUGCAGAGGUACGGCCCCCCUCCCUCCUACCCCAACCUCAAGAUCCCCGGACUCAACUCCCCCAUUCCAGAGAACUGCACAUUUGGAUACCACGCUGGAGGCUGGGGCAAGCCGCCUGUAGAUGAAAUGGGCAAACCUCUUUAUGGUGACGUGUUUGGGACCAAUGCUGCAGACUUCCAGGCAAAGGCGGAGGAGGAGGAGGUGGACCACACACCGUGGGGAGAGCUGGAGCCUUCGGACGAGGAGUCAUCAGAGGAAGAGGAGGAGGAGGAGAGCGACGAGGAGAAACCAGACGAAACCGGGUUCUUCACACCAGCAGAUAGUGGACUGAUCACCCCCGGAGGUUUCUCAUCAGUACCCGCCGGCAUGGAGACCCCAGAGCUGAUUGAGUUGAGGAAGAAGAAGAUCGAGGAGGCCAUGGACGGAAAUGAGACGCCACAGCUGUUCACGGUGCUCCCUGAGAGACGAACUGGCCCCGUAGGAGCUGCAAUGAUGGCCUCAACACACAUCUAUGAUAUGUCAGGGGCUAUGGCAGGUCGUAAGGCGGGUGGAGGGCAGGAGUCACAGGGUGUUGAGGUGGCCCUGGCCCCAGAGGAGCUGGAGCUGGACCCAAUGGCCAUGACCCAAAAGUACGAGGAGCACGUCAGGGAGCAGCAGGCCCAGGUGGAGAAGGAGGACUUCAGUGACAUGGUGGCCGAGCACGCUGCCAAACAGAAGCAAAAGAAGAGGAAGGCCCAGCCACAGGACACGAGAGGUGGCGCUAAGAAAUACAAAGAGUUCAAAUUCUAAAGCAGAAACGCCGUGAUGAGGCACUGCGAGAGAAUAAGCCACAACAGGAAAUGAAAGAGGAAGUCCCACACUCAGAUUUUAACUUCAGAGGAUGCAGACACCUGUUAGACCAGUGACAGUAAAUAUGUGUUUUUUUCUCUCCCCUUUUUUAAAACUAUAAAUAGACGUUGCUUUCAUGACACAUCUCACGUAAUCAGUGUCACAUGACGGUAGUGACAUGUAUUUCCUCUGUUGGUUAUUUUUUCACUGUAACCAUGUUAUGUUUGGGUUUUUUCUGUUUUUUGUAAAUAAAUGAAAUGAUGACACAAGUUU